AUGGCCGCCUCCGAUACCGCCGUUGUGUCAUGGUUUUCUCUCCUCAACCUCCUUGUUGUCACUGCCAAAUGGGAAGAUGGGCAACUAGGACUUGGUGAUAAUGAAGAGAAAGAAUGGGUUUGCGUUGUGAAAGCUCUCGAGCCCUACACUGUUCGCUCCGUCGUUGCUGGCAGUCGGAAUUCCCUCGCUAUCUGUGAUGACGGAAAGUUGUUUACCUGGGGCUGGAAUCAAAGAGGGACUCUGGGACAUCCACCCGAGACUAAAACUGAGAGUGUUCCCAGUCUAGUGAAAGCUCUCGCUGAUGUUAAGAUUGUGCAGGCAGCUAUUGGUGGGUGGCAUUGCUUGGCUGUUGAUGAUCAAGGCCGAGCUUAUGCUUGGGGUGGGAAUGAGUAUGGACAGUGUGGAGAAGAACCUGAGCGGAGAGCUGACACCGGCAAGCCUGUAAGGAGAGACAUCGUGAUUCCUAAGAGAUGUGUGCCUAAGCUUACGGUUCGGCAGGUAGCUGCUGGUGGCACACAUUCAGUUGUUCUAACAAGGGAAGGACAUGUGUGGACAUGGGGUCAACCAUGGCCUCCUGGGGACAUAAAGCAAAUUUCCACACCUGUUCGAGUUCAAGGUCUUGAAAGCGUGAGAUUGAUUGCAGUCGGAGCUUUUCACAACUUGGCUCUUCUUGAAGAUGGAACACUUAUGGCUUGGGGUAAUAAUGAGUAUGGACAGCUUGGAACUGGCGAUACUCAGCCAAGAUCACAACCUAUUCCUGUCCAAGGGUUAUCUGGCCUUACUUUGGUUGACAUUGCAGCUGGAGGUUGGCAUUCUACUGCAUUGACAGAAGAAGGCGAGGUAUAUGGUUGGGGCAGAGGAGAACAUGGUAGGCUUGGUUUUGGUGAUGAUAAAAGCAGUAAAAUGGUGCCCCAGAAAGUUCAACUUCUAGUUGGAGAGGACAUUGUACAGGUUUCUUGUGGAGGAACCCACUCGGUUGCUUUAACGCGUGAUGGCCGGAUGUUUAGUUUUGGUAGAGGAGAUCAUGGACGCCUUGGCUAUGGGAGAAAGGUGACAACUGGCCAUCCUUCGGAAGUACCUUUAAACAACAUCCCUCAUGGAGAUCUCGGCGGAAAUGAAGCUGAAGGCAGUUGGUUUGCUAAGUAUGUAGCCUGUGGUGGCCGCCACACUCUGGCAAUAGUAGAGCGGAGGUCUACUCCUUUAACCGAGUAA